CCGGCAAAGCGGAUAUACAGGUUCCCAAGGCGACGGGGCUCCAGUUAAGACGCCUCUGUCCAACCUGGCACCCGGAAACCUUCGAGGCUGGCUGCCACUUAGAAGGAGCCUCCUCCAGUCUCCUUGCGUUUUCUCAGUGUCUCAUUCCUUCAACAACAAUUCAAAACUUUGCAGAAGUUUCUGAAGAAGAAAUUGUCACUUUCUACCAUUAUAUAUCCAAAAAAAACCCAUUUUGAAGGCAACAGGUAAACCAGUAAGGUCAAGAUGCCAGUAUAUAUCCGGAAAGGACCCCUGGAGAUCCCCCCUUAUGAAGAACAGGAUUGGAUUAAGGAUGAAGAUGGAGACUAUUUCUUAAAGGAUCCGGAUCAAAUCCUUGAUUCCCUACCUCAGCCUUUCCGGAUGAUCAGUAAUCUGAUAAACCUAUUGUUUGAUCGGACAUGGGAAACCAUUGAGGAGAGAGAAGCAACAAGGGCAAUUACAAUUAUUAAGAGUAAGCCAACUGUCUAUUUACCAACUAAAGAAAUCAAGUCUUGGGGUGAACCAUCCAGCAUUGCUGUCUCUAAACACUAUGUGUUUGUUGCAUUAUCCAAUGGAAUCAAGAUUCUCAAUGUAUUAAAGGAUUAUUCACUGGUCCGUAAUUGGGAAAUGGUCAAAUAUGGGAUGAUGUCCAUCUCAGCUACAGAAAUAGGGAAUGAAAUAUUUGUGACUGCUGUGGAUGAAAUAGGUGUUGUUCGUAUCUUUUAUUUUUACAAAGACAUUCUUUUCCUAAUAAAAGCCAUGAAUGAGGUGGAAGAUAUUAGCAAGCAGACUCCAUGUUUGAAUUUGAAAGUUUCUCCUGGUGGGGAUUUUAUGGCCAUACUUUUCCAAGGAAGUGGGUCUAUUUGGCUAGAAGUAUAUCGAUUACCCAAGGAAAACUGGAUUAAGGAGGUGGAGCAACCCCAUUUAUCUCAAUCAAAGAAGAAAGCUAGCCAUUUGCAUCUAAAAGUCAGUGUGUCGCAAGAUCUUGCAGAACUAGAAAAUUAUCUUCUCAAAGCAGAAAUUAAGUUCAGCAGUCCAAUUCAAAUAUUAAAACUUAAACCACCCAAACCAGUUACAGGUACUCCAUUUAAAAGCCCAGUGGAAGUCUUUCAGAAGAUAGAAGAUGUUUAUGGAUUAGGCUCAGGACAAAAUCACAUGAUCAGAGAUGUCCAAUUGGAGCAACAGGCAGCCAUCUUUGACAUUUUAUUUAGAAAGUUUCUGCCUUUGACAGACCCAGAGCAGGAUCCCAGUACUACAGGGAUCCACUUUCUUCUCCCUGGACAUAUCAUGAUGUUGCCAAGUGAAACCAAAGGUCCCUCAGGUAUGGCCUGUGUCCUGGGUGUGCACUGGCCUGGAAGACAUAAUUUCUUCCUGUAUUCACUUUUCCGACCACCAAGAGACAAAGAGAAAGCCGAUUCUGAUAUGAAGCCCGAGGGAGUAUGGCCAACUGCAUCACCAAUUAUUAAGUCAGCCAUCAGUCCUUGCUCAUCUUUCGUAAUUCUGGUGUGUGAAGAUGGAGUAAUCACAAUGUGGAAUAGAGCCCAAGCAUUCCUACUUGGUGUGAUUUCCCUCCCAGAAGGAUGUUCCUGCAGAAGUCUUCACUUCUUAAAGAAUUAUGAAACCCUAGAGGACUGCCCAUUCCCAGAGGAUGUGCUCAGUUCCAAACUGCAGGUUCUGGUGCUGUGUACCGAUGGGUCUCUUUACCUGGUGAAUGCCGAAAAAGCCAGUGAUCCCAGCAUCAGUGUGAUUGUGGAGAGGCCUGUGAAGCAUCCAAAUGAAACGAUCUGUGUUGUGGCUCCCAUCCCAUUUUUAACUCCCUUGAUACUACUCUGUGUUUUGGAUGGAUCAGUUUAUAUCAUGAAUGUGACCAACUCAGAGAUCAUCUGUGAAUUGGUUUCCCCUGCCUCUUAUAUGGCAAACCCCUGGGAGCCCGUGUUUGCAUUUAUUCCAGAAACCCAAUCUGUGUUCAUCCGGGGAGGUUCAACAACUGCGCGUCCACAGAGAUUGUCCAACCUAGGCUUUACUUUCAUGUACCAGAACGUCUUCCAGUACCUGAAGUGGAAGUUAAUAUACCCCGAAUCCAGCGGCCGUCUGAAUUCUGGGACUGAUGUUAGAGAGCAAGAAAGAGUUUCCAUAAAGAUAUUAAUCCAAAAGAUGGAGUUUUAGGAGUAGUGAUCAACAAUGAUGUUAUCAUUUAACUACAGCAAUGGCAGUUGGCACAUAAUGUCUACAUAGAUUUUGUCAGGAAUAUAACCUACACAUGGAUGUAGAUGAUCAAUUUUCAAUAACAUUGGUUCCUAAUUAAAAAUUUCUAAAGUGCAUUUUGCCUGAUAUCUCAUCCCUUUUUUAAGAGUGACAUCAGGACCAUCUGUGCAUUAAACAUUCCUAUUCUGCAUCUCCUGCAUAGAACAUAAUUUUUGUAGUCAGGGUUGCUAGGUUUGUGUUAUGAAUGAAAAAUUUUCUAUCUCCUGUCCUUUGGAGAGUCAUACCAAUGUCUAUACCCUUGUUGAUAGACCAAUUUUUUACAAUACAAGGAGUUUUACAAUGCAUACAAAAUAAAUUUCCUUUUGACAUAUAUAACGGAUAUCCAAAAUGAAAGAUAUACAUUAGUGUUUGAACAAUUAUAGCUGUUUCGAUUUUGAUCCCAUGAUAAAGUCUUUGGAGUGUGGGAUCCCUCUGACGUCAUAAAUAUAUGAGUGGGGUUUAGUCCAUACAAGUUGACAUGCUUGAUAUUGGUUUAGUUAUAAAAGACCAAUGGAUGUCAGCAUGACCAUUGUCCUUCAGUAGAAUAGUAAAUGUCAUUAAAAGUAGUAUAAUGUCAGUGUUUGGUUUUUAUAGUCACCAAUAAUGGUUUCUUGCCGCUUGCUUGGUAUGCAAUCAGCUGGCAUCAUAGAUGGUAUUCUUCUGCUUCUCUUCCUGGUCCUGUGCCACAUGGCAUGACGUGCUUGGUGGGUGACCAGGUGUUUUCAUUCUCUGUAAACAUACAAACAAAACCUCGACCCAAAAUUAUCAUUCUGUUGGGUCCCUGACAGUCUUAAUCUCCUGGCAAUAUUCAGCCCAAUCCAUGUACAACAUACAAUGCAACGUUUGUCAUUACAUGAGAAUUGUGAUUUAAUAAUAUUAGCUUAUAUUCCUUCUGGGGUGUAGGAGAGAUAGAUGGUUAGUAAUACCAUUUCCACCCCGUUUUUCUUUUUAAAAGCUUCAAUGCUUUUCCAAAAACUUAUUGAAUAAGAUUGAUUCUAAUGAAGACCUAAUUCAUUCUCACAAAUUUAAAAUGAAUCCUAUAAGAUAAAUAUUAUACAUACAUUUUGGAUGAUAGCAACAAUGUGUUACAAUUGGACAGUAUUCACUGUACUGUUUCAAUAUUUCAAUAGUAUGAUUUUCAUUUGAUCAAAUUUGGGUAACAUGGAACAAUUCCACUAAAAUAAUUGCAGGUUACAUAUUGUACAAAUACUUCAAAGGGUAAGUUUUCAGGUACAUGAUGAACUUAGAUCUUACAACAAAUACCCAUAUACUGGCAUAAUAGAAUGCUAGUGAGUAACAAUGAUAUUUUUCUCUAGGUAUUGUCUUUCAUACAAGUACAUUUGUGUGGAUAUUGCAUUAGACCUGCCUAUAGAGCAGUGAUGGUUUUUCCCGCUCAUUGGCUGCUUUUCCUGCUGUCUGGUAUCGGUGCCAUGUUGUGGAUGGUGCCAGGCACAUCUGCAUUGACUUUCUGGGAAGACUGUCUUUCAGCUGGAUCAUUUCAGUUUUCUUCCAUGGACUUCUGGUAUCUGAGAAAAUAAACAGAAGAUCUCGACCCCAAAAGAAAGCCUUAUUGGGUCUUGUUAAAUUAGAAAGUGGCUGAAAAUAUCUCCUUGUGUUUGGAGUUUGGGACUUAUCAAUUCCUUUGAGCCCUUUUGAAAUUGCUUGCAUUUAGGCCAUGGAUUAUCCCAUUCAGCCCAUGUAUUGCUGUUACAAGCACUAUUACUCCACAAUUGUUUUGGAAUAGUUGGAUAUGCCCAAUUAUUUAAAAGAUCUGUAAUAACUUUGCAUACUUUAGCAUUUUGAGAUUAAUCCUAUACAUCAGGAGAGUGAUUAUCUCCCAUCACUUGUUAGCUUUUAGAUUUUUAUACCAUAGGGGCAUGUAGUAAUGCUUCCCUUAGUCCACAAUGUUUAGUUUGGACACCUGUCUGAAGUGCAUGAGUGACAUGAUAACAUUCACAGGAUUUUGCACUGGUAGCUAAUUUCACUUGUGUGCAUAAAAUAUUGAGGAAUAUUGGACUUGGCACUCUGAUGUGUCAGAGAGUGCAAGUGAUCUGCGUCUGCUCAAAAGCAGUGUCCUCAAGGCCAUUUGCCUUUGAUAAUGAUUUCACCUUGGCUUUGCAAUGCUGAGAAUGUGUUUCAUAUUUAGAAUUGAUGCUAUAUUAUUUUGAUAUUGAGUAAUUCUUAUUAAUUUGCUUUUUGGAUAAAGUGGCAGUAAUGUGCUUUACAUACAAUUUUUUAACUUUAUACAGGUUUUUAAAUAAUGGCUGCUAAUUUUUAUCCUUGUUGACCUUAUGUCCUGUUUAAAAAUUUAAUGAUUCCUACAUCUUUAAAAUUUGAAUAUAUUGGAAAUUUUUCUAAAGCAUAUGCCAAUUGAUGCUAGUCAAUUAAAAAUUUGCACUGAUUUUUAAUUUUGCUUUUGAUAAUAUUCAAUACUUGCCAUAAAAACUUAUAACCUGAGGUGUAGAUGCAUUGCCUUCUAUAUGGCAGGAUCAAUUUAUGAAACUGCUGAAUUAAGUUUUCUUUCCAGAUCCAAAUAGUUUUGGUAGUGAGUCACAUGGUUGCAAGAGUCCAUGAGGAUUUACCUCUGAAAACCUUGAUAAAUUUGUGUUUAUACCUUGUUUUUUAGCCUACAGUUAUAUAAUGAUUCUUUUUUAAAAUAUUACAGAUAAAAUAUCUCCUGUAGCAUAUGACAAAAGUCUUUCUCUGACUUUUUAACUUUAAAACUUUGCCUUAUAAGAAAUACAAUUAGACCUUCUUAUGUAAUUUUGCCAUGUCCAAUCCAA